AUGUCUCUUGAUGUGUCUGAUUUAAUACCAGUCAUCGAACCUGAAAUUGAAUAUAGUGUCAGUUAUUCGGGUGGAAAAAGUAAACGAGAAAAAUACAAAAAUGCCAUUACUAUGAUCAUUCUAUUAUGUAUCAAUCUAUUAAAUUAUAUGGAUAGAUUUAUUAUUGCAGGUGUCCUAGACAAAAUUAUACUGGAUUUCAAAAUUUCGGAUUCGCAAGGAGGUCUUCUUCAAACAGUAUUCGUUUGUAGUUACAUGGCUCUAGCGCCACUCUUUGGCUAUCUAGGAGAUCGAUAUAGUCGAAAAAUGUUAAUUACUGUGGGGGUUAGUGUUUGGUCUGUAACUACUUUGGCUGGAUCAUUUGUACCAAAAAAUUUAUUUGCAGUUUUUGCUGUAUUACGUGGUUUAGUUGGUAUUGGCGAAGCUUCAUAUUCAUGUGUUGCACCAACAAUCAUUGCUGACAUGUAUAAGCAUGAUAUGAGAACACGAAUGUUAGCUCUCUUUAAUAUCGCUAUUCCAGUGGGCGGUGGUCUGGGCUAUAUUGUCGGUGCAUAUGUUUCAAUCGCAUUCAAUGGUAAUUGGCGUUGGGCUUUAAGAAUUACACCUGUGCUUGGUAUCAUUUGUGUUAUAUUACUUGUUAUUCUUGUUAGAGAACCAGUACGAGGCGGUGCUGACGGAGCUCAAGUUUUAAAAAGAGAUGAUUGGUUUUCUGAUGUUCGAAAAAUUUUUCGAGUAAAAAGUUUUAUUUUAACAACACUUGGAUUUACAUGGGUAGCAUUUGCAUUAGGUGCACUCUCUUGGUGGGCACCGAGAUUUCUUCAGCUAGCUUAUACUCUGCAUUAUACAGUUAUAAGUGAUAAAACUAAAGCCAAUGUUAGCCUCUAUUUUGGUAUGAUAACUUGUUUUGCUGGAGUUCUUGGUGUAGUAAUGGGAAGUGAAAUAGCUAGAUGGUAUCGUAAACGAAAUCAACGUGGUGAUCCUAUUGUUUGUGGCGUUGCCGUUCUCAUAUCCGUACCAUUUCUAUUCGUUGCACUGAUCUAUUCUAAGGAUAAUUUAAUUUUAACAUGGAUUAGCAUUUUUAUUGCGGAAACAUUACUUUCUAGUAAUUGGGCAAUCAUAUCAGACAUGCUUAUGUAUAUUAUCGUUCCAUCAAGACGUGCUACAGCAAGUUCUAUGCAAAUAUUCAUUUUACAUUUAUUUGGCGAUGCAUCUAGUCCAUAUAUAAUUGGUCUUAUCAGUGAUUUCUUUUCGAAAGGUGUACGUCAUGAUGAUGUUCUAUGGAAAUCAUUACGAUAUGCUUUCAUGUUAACACCCAUUGUUGCCGGUGUUGGUGGUAUCGCUUUUCUUUUUGCGGCGAUUUUUAUUGUUCGAGAUCGUCAUGAAGCCGAAGCCACUAUCGAGUCGGCAAAUAUAUCAGACACAUUUCAUAUGGAAGUGUCUAGUAAAGCUUAA